UUCUCUCCAUCUCCCUUUCUGCUGCUUGCACCACUGUGGGAAUGCAGCGAAGGUAAACGAAUCGUUGAGUCUUCUUUUUUGCCCCCCUACCCACCACCUCCAAUACCGGAUCUAUCAUCGCAGACAGUCAGCUUUGGAGAGCUGUCAUCCCGGGGAAAUCAGAGUGCUGCUGUCGGCGCAGGGAUUGGACCCGGAUCAGUUGGAUUUAGCCCGGACACCAACAGCAGCAGCAGCAGCAGCACCACCCCAUCUUAUUGGCAGAUCGCAUCAGAUCCCUUCUGCCCUGCCUCGUUUCAGUUUUACCGGCUCUCCCGUCACUGGAUUACCGACAGCUGGAGCGAGCAAAAGGGGUGGCCGGGCAUGGAGAACUGACGGCGUUUAGAGGCAAACUUGAAGUAGCCGACAAAGACACCUGCAAGAGGGAAAAAGGGAGCUCUGUGAUGCACGCAGAAGAGGUCAAAUGAACUCAAAGAGAAUAACGGAAUAAGGUAACAAGCAGUGGUUUGUAUUUCAAGGACCUUAUGCGGCCGGUAAUCAACCAAUUGAGAGUGGAGAAGGGUGCUGCCAUAGCCUGGGUUGUUGAUCUACGCACGCACACACGCACAUGGAUUUACAGCUCCAGUCUGAAACGGAUCGAUAUCCUUCUCCGUUUUUUUUUUUACGUCGGCUUUUUUUAACAAGGGAGUGAAGCAUCCUGGGAUUUAUCAUCGCUUCGUUAGCGCUGAACUACAGUGAGGCGCCCCCUCGCUCCGCUCUCUCACCUGUCCAUAACCUGCGUGCUCGUGUGGAAGUGUGUGUAUAUUCUCGUGCAUUUUCUUUUUGGGGUGUGUGUUUGGUUUGCUGUCCGCCAGAGGGAGUGUAGGUUAUAUUGCUUGUGUUUGCAUUGGAGUGCUGUGCCAGCUUUUAAUUAGUAGUAGGUGACUGUGAGUGAUUGUGUCUGCUCGUGCUUGUGGGUGCCUGUGCAUUUAGUUAAUGUUUUUUAUGUUUGUGCAUGUAGAUAUAUAGGCUUGAUAUUGUGUGGGUACGUACUUAAGAUGCCCAGUGUUUCUUCCACGCCACAUCCCCUUCCUCGUAUAUGCCCUUGUAUCAUUUGGCCACCUGUUUGACCUCCUGAACACCCCAAGAGAAGAAGAAAAAAGCUCUGGCAGGAUGAGUGAGCGUUCCGGUGCAAGCAGUCUAGCAGCCAUGACGCUGGAGGAGCCAGGGGCUGAACAGGCAUCUCCCAGAGCCCCGGGCCCUCUCCGCUGCGGCCCCUGUGCCGUGUGGCCUCGCCAGCAGACCUGGCUGUGUGCCGUGCCCCUGGUUAUGGGCUUUGUGGGACUGGGACUCAGUCUCAUGCUGCUGAAAUGGAUUGUUGUGGGAUCCGUCCAAGACUAUGUCCCCACUGAUCUGGUGGAUCCCAAAGGUAGCAUUGGACAGGACCCUAUAUUUCUCUCCAAACCCAGUGCCAUGCCCAAGGGGCCCGACAUUUCCACAGCCACCACUACUUCAGCUGCCUCUACCACAGCAAUGGUGUCGACCACCACGCCGCUAGCCGCGGAUGGUACGGCCCCGGCGCCAAGAACUCGAUCCGGGCCCCCAGCAAACCACUCAGCCAACGGCAGCACUGCCAACGGAGACGGCAACCGCGCCCCACACCUUCACAACCGUGUCGGCACCCGCAUUAGCGGGACUGCAGUUACCACCUCCACCACUCGCACCACCCGACUCACCCCGCCACCCAGCGGUAAGGACGUCACCCCUCGCAGCACUGUUAGAAAAGGAAGCGGCAAUAAUGGACGUAAUGGAGCCGCCAACUCGAAACCAGGGCAGACCUCUGCCACCGUCACCACCACAGCAACCACCACAACUACAGCUACUGUGAAGAUCACCACCAAGGUGCAGCCGACCACCUCCCAGCCAGCCGCCCCGGUCAAACCCACGUCACGCUGGAAUCGCCCAGGCAAGGGCCCAGCGACACGCCCACACCACCGCUUCCGAACACCAGUGGCCCCCACACUCCCCAGUCUGCGUUCAGAGGUCUUCAAGCCAUGUGUGGAAGACAAGGACCUGGCCUUUUGUUUAAACGAGGGAGAGUGCUCCAUCAUUGAAACCGUGGCUGGGGUUCACAGACACUGCAGGUGUAAGGAGGGCUACCAUGGAUUACGCUGUGACCAGUUUGUACCCAAGACAGAUGCUAUCUUGUCAGACCCAACGGAUGAACUUGGGAUUGAGUUCAUGGAGAGUGGUGACACCUACCAGAGGCAGGUGCUGUCCAUCUUCAGCAUCGCCUCGGGGAUCUGUCUCCUUGGAGUGGCAUGUAUGGCUCUCUACCGCCGCAACAAGAGACACAGAGAAAAACUCCAGGCUCAUUUCUCCGAUGGCCGCAGCCUGAGGGACUGCAGUGUCAACGCCUCUGGCCUCAUGUCCAAAUCUACUCCCAGGCUCCAAUACAGCCUUCAGCUCCAAAAAAGCUGCAGUUCUCACGGAUCGUCUGUUAAGGGCAGCAGCGUGGCACCUGGCACAUCAGCAAUAGCCCCACCUAUUCUCAGCAGAGCACUGUCUAAAGGGAAACGCUUCAGGAGCAGCUCCCUUUCACUUAGUCCUGCCCGACAGCGGAGGGAGACCAAUUACUUCAGGACCCCGCCCAUUUCCAGAGGGAAACACAAAAUAUCCACAAAUCUCAUCGAUGGAUCCAGAGUGCCCGGCCACGUCUACAAACACUUGCAGGAGGAUGAGUCAACAGACAUGGAGUCCAUAAGAAGGUGUGAUUCCACCGGUGGAAAGGUCGGCGCCCUCCUCAGCAGGACUUCACUCUCUCACUUCGCAGCCAGAAAGGGAUGGACUGAGGUUCCAUGCACCCGUCUGGAUAAGGGAACAACCUACUUUCCACCUUCGUUGCGCACCCGCUCUGUGCCCAUCAUCCCCUCGCUCCAAGCGUGUGACCUCGAGGCAGGGAAUGUGGACACGAGCCAGCAGAACCAAGGGGCGAUCCUCAAGUGGCACCCGGCGCUAGCUGGAAAAAAAGCAGCGCCCAUGAGCAAUUCUCCCUCUCCUCCCCGUGAGACUGUCAUGCUGGCGCCUGGUGUCAUGCCCAGCGGUGUUAGCCCUCCUGCCACCAACACCACCGUUACACUGGGGUCGGAGAAGAAUCUCAGCUCCACACAAACAACCUGCUCUAUUGAAAUCACAGUGGAGCUCGCACAGGAAUUAAAACAGAAAAGCCUUUCCAGCUCCAUGAAAAUGUCCGGGUCUCACAGCGAGAUCCACCGCGGUGGCACAAACACUCUGGAGGCUGGGACUGCGCAGGGGUCGGAAGGGAAAAGCGUCCAAUAUUCAGCCAGAGUUCUGCACACAGGUGGUGGGACCAGAGGUUUGAAGGCAGCAGGCCAAAGAGAAGCCCAGGGACAGUGCCAAGGUCAGACGUCCCUCGUGUACGGAGGCGCAAACCACUCCUUGGCCACCAAAGGACCCAGCUGCAGAGGAACUGGAAACGCUUACGCCAAGCCCUCCGCAAGCUGAUUGGAUUAACUCUGUAAAGCUUCAAAGACACUGUUUCCAAGAACUGUAUACCUUUGCUGGUGGCACAGGAUGGUUAGCAGGUGGGACCAUCUGUGUGGCCACACGGACCAAUAACAGAUGGCCGUCCAUUCUGAAAGGAACACGAACAGAUUGAACUGCAGACGAAAAAAAUAUUGACACAGCAAAAAGACAUCAAAUUAUAAAGAAACAGAGACAAACAAACACACAUUGUGAAUAAAUGUGACUCAAUAAGGAAAAACAAAACCGUGACUUGAGUGGGAGCUUGACUUAAACAGUGUAUUGAAAAAAAUGCCACUAUUUAAAAGGAGCUUCUACUUAGAAACCAAAAUAGUGUGUCAUCUCUAUGUUGUUUCUCUAUUGUAAAGAAAUGAAAUUAUAUAUGUCAUAUAAUAUAUGUCAUAUAGACGUAUAUAUAUUUGACAUACAAUUGUGACAAAAUAAAGACUAAGAUA